CCGCCGGAAGCGGCUCUGUCAGUUGUUGCCCUUCGGUAUUUGGGCUCGCUAUGUGUAGUGGGUUCGCGGCGGCUGGCUGGAUGAAAAGGCUUGGUUCCGGGAGCCGGAGAGAGAAGAAGAAAACUCGAGCUUCAACCCGGGCAGCGAGAUGGACGUUCUGAAAUCGGAGAUCCUCCGGAAGCGGCAGCUGGUGGAGGACAGGAACCUGUUGGUGGAAAAUAAAAAAUACUUCAAGCGUAGUGAACUUGCAAAAAAAGAAGAGGAAGCAUAUUUUGAAAGAUGUGGCUACAAGAUACAGCCAAAAGAGGAGGAUGAGAAACCAUUAACUUCAUCGAAUCCAGUAUUAGAACUUGAACUGGCAGAAGAAAAAUUACCCAUGACUCUUUCUAGGCAAGAGGUUAUCAGGAGAUUAAGAGAAAGAGGAGAACCAAUCAGACUCUUUGGAGAAACUGAUUAUGAUGCUUUUCAACGUUUAAGAAAAAUAGAGAUCCUUACACCAGAAGUUAACAAGGGAUUGAGGAAUGAUCUGAAGGCAGCUUUGGAUAAGAUUGAUCAGCAGUACCUGAAUGAAAUUGUGGGUGGCCAAGAACCUGGAGAGGAAGACACCCAGAAUGAUUUGAAAGUUCAUGAAGAAAACACCACAAUUGAAGAGUUAGAGGCACUGGGAGAGUCUUUAGGAAAAGGAGAUGAUCAUAAAGACAUGGACAUCAUUACCAAAUUCCUGAAGUUUCUUCUUGGUGUUUGGGCUAAGGAGCUGAAUGCCAGAGAGGAUUAUGUGAAGCGCAGCGUACAGGGUAAACUCAACAGUGCUACUCAGAAACAGACCGAGUCCUAUCUCAGACCCCUUUUCAGAAAGCUACGGAAAAGGAAUCUUCCUGCUGAUAUUAAAGAAUCGAUAACAGAUAUCAUUAAAUUCAUGUUGCAGAGGGAAUAUGUGAAGGCUAAUGAUGCUUAUCUUCAGAUGGCCAUUGGAAAUGCCCCUUGGCCCAUUGGUGUCACUAUGGUUGGCAUCCAUGCCAGAACCGGUAGGGAAAAGAUUUUUUCCAAGCACGUUGCACAUGUUUUAAAUGAUGAGACACAGCGGAAGUAUAUUCAGGGAUUGAAGAGGUUAAUGACCAUUUGCCAGAAGCACUUUCCUACAGAUCCAUCGAAAUGUGUGGAGUACAAUGCACUAUGAGAUCUGUGUGCGGCCCGUGAAUAUCACAAGAAACUUAAGGAAGCCUGGCGUGGACUUGCGGAACUGCCAACAGCACGAGGGAGGAAGAAAAAGGAAUUUCUGGUCUCUGAGUUCUGCCUAAUGCAACUCUUGGUUUUAAGAACUGUGUUGGCUCUCAUGUCCCAUCUGACUGCCAAGUGAUUUUUGUGUCUUGCUUUUAUUUUAAAUAGUCGAAAAAUUAAGUUCUAAAGACUUUUCCCCAUAAUUUAAAUGUGUAGACAACAGUCACAGGACAGGGUUUAAAAUAACUUUUCCCCUCUAGACCUGAAAGUUGCAGUUAGAGGAUUAAAAAGGAACAUUUGAGGAUGGACUUAAUUAUUUCUGUAAAAUAUGGUAAUUUUCACGUUGCCUCUUAUGAAGUGUUUAUAGAAAAAUAUUUUUAUAUUUUUCAACAAAAACAUGGAACCAUUUAAUGAAACUUGAUAGUCCUUAAAUGUUGCUGAAGUUUUGCCAUCUUGCAAUAGAUUUGAAUGUAAAUAUUACUACUGUUACGUGUUAUUUUUCUUGCAUUUCAAAGCUUUUAUCUUUUAAAUUGUGUAAAUUUUAGUAUUGGUCAUCUCUCGGGACAGAUGCAAUUAACAGGAAAUAGAAGUUUGGAACACAAAGAUUUGAACCAACAGAAGUUCAAAUUCAGUAACCCCAGUGCAUCAAGGUUCAAGGUGGGGAAAUGGAUUGUCAAGCCAAGGACGGGGAUGUUUCGCUGCCGCUGGUUCUUCCUAGAAUAGGACUGCCCGUGAGCGUCAUCCUCCCGAGACCGGUGGUGGACAGCUGUCCCAGCUCCAUCCCGCCCAGCAGAAGAGGAAGUUGCCAGGACCCUUGGCCGCUGCCCGAGACAGUAGGUCCUGGGUCUGAUUUUGCACAAACGAGGACUUCUUUUGAAUCUUGCACAGUGUCACCCCCAGAUAAUUGUGGCGAAUCACUGCGCUUUAGAGGUUGAGAGGACUCAAUGGAUAGAGGCAGGUAGGGAAAUAGAAAGCUGCCUGAGCAGGUGGAUUGGCACUGCCGGCUAGAGGGAGGAGUGGGGCUCCAAAGUCAGCACUAACUCACCUCAUACUGCAGCUCCCCACCUGUGCACGUAAGGGUGUGAGUAUGUAUGUACGACCGUGAGCAAGUCACUUCAGCCCUCUAAGCCUCAGCUUCCUUAUCUGCAAAGGUGGUGAUACUUGUAUAUACCUCAUGGCGUCACUGUUGUAUUUACGUAAAAGAAAACGCUUAGCUCGCUGCCUGGCAAGUAAGAGCUCAGUAAAUAGCAGUUGUGUCCUUGUUGUUAGAGUGAAGACAAAGUAGCUUUCCCCACCUGCCGUCAGGGUCAUUGUGGGCUCACGUGACGAGAACAGUGGUGGUGGCAGCAGCGUGCUAGCAGCGUCGGCAGUGCUCGUAGGAGCAUCUAUUAAGCAUUUACUGUGUCCAGGCUCUAUAGCUGCUCACACUUUGAGCCAGUUCUGAGUUUAGAAGGAUCGAGAAUGUGGUGGGGCUGGAGUCAGCUGCGCGGGUGCAGGUGGGCUCACAGUCACUUCUCCUGGCCCCUCUUGGGAAGCCUCGAAAGCCAGUUCUGGCCACUUGUGGGGUCUGUGGCUGUGCCUGACUGAUCGUGUCCGCUGGUCAUGUGUGCGAUGGUGGCUGAGGCCUGCUGUCCUAAAUUGAAUCAGGGUUCCUUGCCUACUUUAGAAACAGUUUCUUCUUAUUAAAUUACAACCGAAGAGAGCUUACUAGAGCAAGUAAGAGACAGACGUUCAUAAGAUAUGACCACAGUCUAGACUUCUUUUAUGUAGUCUUGUUGUAUAGGACUUGUUUAUAAAUAUUGUUGAACGAACACUCCCCCAGGUCACUUCUUUUUUAAUUCCCAGUCAGCAUGGUAGUCAGCUAAUUUUGUGUUGUCUUCCCAUUUGCUGUUAGUUAAUAUUCCACCACAAAGAAGAAACUGCGUCAUGUGACACCAGUAUCUUCUAAAACUGAUCAGUGUGGAUAGAUGGUUGGAAAAAAGAGUUGUACUGUAUUCUGCAGUGCUGUGAAUGUCGGUCAUUCUGGGCUUAGGUUGAAAGACGUAGAUCUUGUGGAAAAGUCUUCCGUUUCCCUGAAGUGAAAGAUCUUCAGAGGAUUGCAGAUGUCAUGGGGGUGUGUUAAAAAAUGACCUCUCGCAGUCUCCAAAUCAUGAAAAUUUUAGUUCACCAGAUGCUGCAUAUUUCUAUUUUUUAGCUAUUUCUAAAACAAUAAAGGCCUGUCUUUUAAAAUCA